UAGCCGAAGGCUCUGUUACCUCUAAUCAGUCGCAAGUGCAAAAGACCUUUUUUUUUUUUUUUCGUCCACACUGGCAACGUCCGGCAUGGGUCAACCGAGGAAGGCCUACAAAGGACGCGGGGGGAGAAAUCCAUCUUGUACUGUGGUAGUACGACUACCGCGCGCGCGCGCUUAGGUAUGAUAUAUCGCCAUUGCCGUCCAGAACAGUCCUAGGGGUGUGGCGGCGGCGGCGGCAGGGAAUGGAUGCAAGUACACACGCUUUAUUUAUCCAUGAUCAUCUUUCGUCACAUAAAGAGGAGCGGCAGGGCGUCGCUGAACAGCGCAUCCGCCAUUCUCCCGUACUAUCUCAAUUCUUGUUAUAAAUCGCCAGUUGUUCCUCAGCAACCGUGCGCGUCCGAUGAAAACUGUUAACAACUUCGCAGCAAAAGUACGUACGUACAAUGAUUUAGAGGUAAAGGGAAGAGCAAUAAGUAUGAAACGAGGG